GAAAAUUCGGUGGGAAAGUCUGAAAAUAAUUACCGGCAAAAGAGAAGAACAGAAUUGUAGAGAGAGAGAGAGAAAAGCCUCCAAUUACCCGACGGUUUUAACUCUCUUUCUCUUCCAAGCAGCCUUGAGGAUCAGAUCUACGUUUUCUGCAAUGGCUGAUUGCGUUUCCGGCGAAUCACCGGCGGCGAUCUUCACGUGUUCGUUUUGAAUUUACUUUGUAAGAUCUGCUGUAGUAAUUACAGAAUCUGAUCCUCACUUCUUAAUGAUUGGAUUUCUUCGUCCGAAGAUCCUCUUUCCUGAUUUCUAAACAUUGAUUAUUGUGAUUCUCACAUUGGUGUCUGACUGCUGUUAUUGAUAUAGACGGAGAAACAGAAACAGAGCGGUUGUUAAAUUAAUUGAUUGUGAUAUAGUUGAAGUUAACUAGUUCGAAUCAAAUUUCAUCUAGUUCUAGUUUGAGAUGGAAUUGAAUGAUUUUCGGAGAAUUCUGUUGACCUCGAAGACCGAUGUGUGGAAAUUCAUUGAUGCGGCUAUUACCGUCGCUUCUUUAGACUAUGGAGACGAGCUUAAGGCACGGAGAGAUAGAAUCGCCGAGCACUUGUAUAUGAAAACCUCUUCUCGUUGCCAGAACUGCACCGCCGGUGUCGAUCAGAUGCGAAACGGUUUCCCGAGCAAUAAGGUGUUAACCGAGAACAGUCCGGUACAGCAAAACAGAGGUUCACCUUCGACUCCUGAAUCAAUUCAUUCACGCGACGGCGGCGAUGACGAAGAAGAAGAAGAACGAGAUCCAUACGCUGCUAUCUUCGACGAUUAUGAAGAUGAGGAGACAAAAGUUCUCAAAAUUAAAGAGAAUCUCGAGGAUCCUAAUCAGUCUGAAGAUUCUCUGGUUAGUUCACUCCAAAGUCUAGCGGACAUGGACAUCACAUUCAAUGCUCUCAACGUAACUGAUAUUGGAAGACAUGUGAAUGCCUUACGGAAACAUUCAUCGAAUGAGGUUCGAAGAUUGGUUAAACAACUCGUGAGAAAAUGGAAAGAUUUGGUAGAUGAAUGGGUUAAAGAAAACAAGGAUGGAUCAGAUUCCAAUCUUAUUGCUUAUGGGGACUCCCCGCAGCAGAAAGCACCACCGAAGAACAUUCAAAAUGGUCACCACCAGGUUCCUGAUUUUGCCUUCUCUCCAAAUCUCUGCAAUGGGAGUUCUUCAGGGUCCGACAAGAAUGGUUCACCUUUUGAACAGAAAGCUAAAUCUAUUCCUCAACCAAAACCAGUUCAAUACAAACAAGCAGCAGCACCAGCUCCCAAUAGACAACAGAAAGAAAAGGAGUCAAGUUUCGAUAUUGAUAAAUUGGCUUCAGCAAGGAAACGUCUUCAAGAGAAUUACCAAGAAGCCCAUAAUGCUAAGAAACAAAGAACAAUUCAGAUGAUGGAUAUUCAUGAGAUACCAAAACCAAAGAAUGGUUUCUUCGCCAAGAACCGAGGCGGCGGUCCUCCUCCGGGAAGGCAGUACCACCGAUGAGAUAACGAACAAUUCAUAGCAGCAUUGGAUCGUCUAGUCAUUAUUAUUAUUAUUAUUACUACUACUAACUUGGCUUGGGAAAGGAAGAAAAUUGUUUAAUAUUUAGAUAAGAGAAAAAUGUUUGUUUUGUGGCUUCCAUAAGGGAUGCGUCAACACACGGAGUAAUCUAAUCCAGUUGGUAAAGAGAGACACAAUUCCCCACUAGUGUUGGAAUGUGGGCUCCAAAAUGCCUUUUUCAUUAAUGUGUGGUUGUGCAUUCAUUUUACAAAUGUUAUAAGUACAUUUGAAGGUUCUUUUGGUUGUAGCUACAUGUAAAACAGGUCCAUCAUUAUUUACCUAACUAGACAUUUUUUUAGUUA